AUGGAAAAUAAUGUAACAACACCAGUGCUACAAUUUGCGCCAAUUGUCAACGAUAAAGUAGUAAAGACAGAACAACUUAAAAAUUCCUUUAGUGGGAAUAUAAAUGCGGGUAAUGUAAGUGAUAUGAAAAAACCAAUGAUUAUUAGUAUGGAAAAAUUCAAAAGUUUGAUGAAUAAUCCGAAUUUUCAUUUAAAACAAAAAAGUAUUAAUGUAGCUAAGACAAAUUCAAAUACAUCUCCAGCAAAUUUUUGUUUGUCUAAAGCUAGUUCACAAGUGAUUAAAACAUAUGAGAAAACAUCAAGCCCAUCUAAACCUGCAACGAGUGAGGAUACUAAAAAUAUCGAAUCAACUUCAUCGUCACAAGACACAAUAAAUACUUCAAGCCAUUCUACGAAUAUGGUAGAAAAUAGUUCCUCCGUUGUACAAACACCGAUCAAAAACCAAACUUUUCAAAUUCGACUUAGUAAUUCUGAAAUUUCUUCGGCAAAUUCAAUAAAAUUAAAGCCACAGUCAACAAAGAUUAUCAAAUUAAACCAAAAUAUACAAAGUGGUGAAGAACAAAAUCAAACUUUACAUAUACAGCUUAAUAAAUCAACGGUUUCGUCACCAAGAGCAGUAAAAAUUGAUCCAAAAUUUUCAAAAACUAUAAAAUUAACCCAAAAUGGAGUGGACAAAAGUAAGCCUCUUCUACAAUCAUCAAUAAAAAAUCAAUCUGUACAAAUUCAGGUCAGUAAUCCAACAAUUUGUACAUCAAAAUCCGUAAUAAUAGAUCCAAAGUCAUUAAAAACUUUAAAAUUAACCAAUAAUCUACAAAAUGGGGUUGAAAAAAGUUCUCCUAUUGCACAAACAGCUGCAAAUAAUCCAAAAACACGUGUUCAAGUUAACAAUUCUCCAGUAACGCGAUCCAGUGCAAUAAAAACUGUAAAAUUAAAUCAAAAUGUGGUUGAAAAAACGUCUCCCGCUGCAGAAACAGUACCGAAAAAUAAGAUAUUUUUUCAGCCACCAAAUAAUCGAUUUCGUAUUAUUCAUCAAAAUGGCAAACAAAUUGCAUUACCAAUAGUAAAUAAAGCUCCAAACAAUGUGGCAGCUAUAAAGCCAACUAAAAAUGUUUCGAUAUCGUUAGGUGCCGAAACACAAAAUGAUAAAACACGGAAAAUAGUAACAGAGGAUAAAAAUCCUUUUCUAAAAACUCCUGAACAUGUUUACGAAAAAUUUAAUUUACUUCUACCUUCAAAAUCUACAGAAUCGUCGAAAACGAUAGAAAAACCACAAAAAUUGGAAACAAGCAGCAAAGUUGGUGAUUCUACAAAUAUUAUAGUUAGUGAAUUGGUGGUAAAUAACAAAGUUGUUGCUUCCACAAAUAUCAAACUAGCUGCUUCUGAAAAUAGCAAAGUUAAUCAAAUGGUGGCCAAUAAUGUUAUGGACCAUGCAAAUGAAAAACACGAUCAAAAUAUAGGAAAAAGGAAAAGAAUGCCCCGAAAACGAAUAAAUAUUGAUUAUGAUUCAGGUAAUAGCAACGGUACACCAGUAGAUAGCCAAACUGAAAGCAUGUUAUUCCAAACGCUUAAAUCGAAAUUUGUGCCAUUAGUGGGUCAUGCAUGUACAGCGACAAUUAUCGAUCAUUUAAAUUUGGCCUAUUCUCGAUGUCGAACAUCUCAAAGUCAAGCCGUUCGAGAUUUAAUUCAGUAUAUCUAUAAUUAUGAACGAUAUCGUGAUCUAAAAAAGAAAAAUAAUAAUGUUAUAAACGAGAAAUCAACACAAACUAAAAUGUGUGAAUAUACACAAUUGAAAGAAAAUCCCAUUUUAUGGAUUCAUUUUUCGAAAAUAAAACAAUAA